AUGGAAGACCUCAAAACAACGAAUAAGCAGCAGUGGUCCACUGAAGAGACCAGCUACCUAGUGGCAAUCUGGUCUUCCGAAGAGGUACAAUGGAAGCUGGAGGGGAGCACGCGGGCCAAAGCGAUUCUGCAGCAAUUGAAGCGAGAGAUGGCGUCUGCUGGUUAUGACCGUUGCAUUGUACAAAUUAGCAACAAAUUAAAAAAACUGAAGAAGGAUUAUCGGGACCAAAAGAAAGAGCUCGGACGGAGUGGCAGCGGUCGUACGAAAACAAGUCCACAUUUUGACUUGCUAAACUCGGUCCUCGGAGACAGACCGACGAGUGGUGUGGGAUGCACCGUGAAUUCGCUUUGUCUCUCGUCAAUUGGGUUGGAGGACGAGUCAUUUAAUGCUGGCAUAUCUCGUUUGGAGUGCAGUGAGUCGGAACCACCACCACCGUCGGCGACUAGCUCGCCCGUGCACAUGCUUGGGUCUCUUGCCACAACAAGCAGCUCUUCCCAGGAAUCUCUGGUGACCCUAACCCAGCCAGUGGGCCGUAACAAACAGGUUAAAAGGAAGCGGGAUUCGUCAUCUGGCCUUGUCCCGUUAAUGGAGAGGAGUGAAGCCAGGGACGAAGAGCUACUGGAGCAUAGCCGGGCGAUGCUUCAGGAGGUGCAGAACGGCAAUGCUGAGUUCAUACGGAUCUUCAACGUCUCAGAGCAGAGCAGAAUCGAGCAGAGCCGGAUCGACAGACUCGCCAGAAUCGCAAAGGCCGAGCAUGACGGCCACAUGCUUGGCUUGUUAGACAGGAUGGUGAAGGUGAUGGAGGCCAACAGCAAACAAUGACAUUAUUUUUGUAUCUCCAUUGUUCAUGCCCCUUUUGUGUACAUAAUUUUUAAAUACACUUAGUUAUAUAAUAUAUACAGUAUGUUCUCCACACAUUUUUGUGAAUACUUGUAUACAUUCUUUUUGAAAUACAGUUAGUUAUAGUAUAUACAGUAUGUUCUCCACACUUUUUUGUGAAUACUUGUAUACAUUCUUUUUGAAAUACACUUAGUUAUAGUAUAUACAGUAUGUAUGUGUAUUUAUGUAUUUACA